AUUACAGAUAGAGUCAUUACACCCAGCUGUUUACUCUGUUUGACUCUGCAUGAAAAUCAAGCAGUGGGUGAUGCCUGCAGAUGCAGAUGAGGGGUCUCACUCUCUAAUCCAGACUGAAGUCACGAUCACGGCUUACCAGAGCCUAGAACUCCUGGGUUCAGGUGAUCCUCCCUCCCCAGCCUCCUGAGUAACUGGGAGUACAGGCCGCAUCCUCUGUCCCAAGCGUGCAGCGCAGAGCCCGGCAAGGCCGUGGCCAUGACGACCGCCAUCUUGGAGCGCCUGAGCACCCUGUCCGUCAGCGGCCAGCAGCUGCGCCGCCUGCCCAAGAUCCUGGAGGAUGGGCUUCCCAAGAUGCCUUGCACCGUCCCGGAAACGGAUGUGCCCCAGCUCUUCCGGGAGCCAUACAUCCGGGCCGGCUACCGCCCCACGGGGCACGAGUGGCGCUACUACUUCUUCAGCCUCUUCCAGAAACACAAUGAGGUGGUCAACGUCUGGACCCACCUACUGGCAGCCCUGGCAGUCCUCUUGCGAUUCUGGGCCUUUACCGAGGCCGAGGCCUUGCCCUGGGCCUCUCCUCACUCCCUGCCCCUGCUCCUGUUCAUCCUGUCCUCCAUCACUUACCUCACCUGCAGCCUUCUGGCCCACCUGUUGCAGUCCAAAUCGGAGCUCUCCCACUACACCUUCUACUUUGUGGAUUACGUUGGCGUGAGCGUUUACCAAUAUGGCAGUGCCUUGGCCCACUUCUUCUACAGCUCCGACCAGGCCUGGUAUGAGCGGUUCUGGCUUUUCUUCUUGCCAGCAGCAGCCUUCUGCGGCUGGUUAUCCUGUGCUGGCUGUUGCUACGCCAAGUAUCGAUACCGGAGGCCUUACCCAGUCAUGAGGAAGAUCUGUCAAGUGGUGCCGGCGGGGCUGGCCUUCGUCCUAGACAUCAGCCCUGUGGCACACCGCGUGGCGCUCUGCCACCUGGCUGGCUGCCAGGAGCAGGCAGCCUGGUACCACACCCUCCAGAUCCUCUUCUUUCUGGUCAGCGCCUACUUCUUCUCCUGCCCGGUGCCAGAGAAGUAUUUCCCGGGUUCCUGUGACAUUGUGGGCCAUGGGCAUCAGAUCUUCCAUGCCUUUCUGUCCAUCUGCACGCUCUCACAGCUGGAGGCCAUCCUCCUGGACUACCAGGGGCGGCAGGAGAUCUUCCUGCAGCGCCAUGGUCCCCUGUCUGUCUACACGGCCUGCCUCUCCUUCUUCUUUUUGGCCGCCUGCAGCGCUGCCACCGCUGCCCUUCUGAGGCACAAAGUCAAGGCUAGACUGACGAAGAAAGAUUCCUGAGGCUGGAAGGUGUGGCAAGGUGUGGACGCAGUCCAUCGUGAUUUGGGGAAAACUUGAUGCAGCAAUAGAAGUUGACUUUGUAUUCUUAAGGGUUGGCUUUUAAAUUAAUACCUACGUCCAAGGAUAUGUUAUAGCUGCAGCGUUUGAAAGCCAAAGGUUUCAAGAGUUUUGUCUUUAGUAAGAGGAGCAUUCUUUUCUUUUCUUUUCUUUUGGGUCAUAGCCUUACAGGCACAGGAAGAGAAGGGAUCUUGGCUAAGAUUCAUGGGACACUGAAUUAACAAGAACCAUCCUUAUGCCUGAAAAUGUAUUGCUUAUUACUUCUGGGGCAAUUCUUAGAGCUGAAUGGGUGAUAAAAUUGGACUGGAAAGGAAAUAGGUAGCUAAUCCUCUCCCUGUUGGAAUGGCUAUCCUACUAUGUUGAUUUUCAGUAAUUGAAUAAAUUAACUCAAGGACUAGGGUUUGGAUUUGAAUUUCAAAUUGGAUGGAAAAGUCAGAAUCUUCAAGAUGAUUCAGUGAAACCCUUAGACAAUGAAUUACUCAGUUCAUCUGAUUUUUGGUCCCUUCUCUCUCUUCUACUGUAAUACUAACCCUUUCUCAGGAUGACUGCCUGGUUAUUUUCUCUCAAGUGCUGUUCACUCCCAUCCCUACCUUGCAUGGUAACAUAAAGGACUUGGAAGCAGUUAUACUUCCAGGAAGUGCUUGGAUUCAUGUGGACAUUCAGGAAGCUUCUUCUCAUAUAAUACUAACGUACACGGUACUAGAAAUUACUGUGCCAAGUACCAUCAGGAGGCCCAGCCAAGGAGCAUGGAUACUGUGUGGUGUCAUGGGACCCUUCUAUUUUAUACUUGUGGACCACCAGACCAUUUGGAAGCUAUUAGGUCUGGGGUUUGCAAGGAAUCUUCUUCAGGUUUGACCAGCAUGUUUAAAAAGCCAGGAGCAGGCAGCCUGGUACCACAUCGUACAGAUCCUCUUCUUCCUGGUCAGCACCUACUACUUCUUCUGCCCGGUGCCAGAGAUAGGGUGAAUUCGUUCUAAAGAUUCCUUUAGGGAUCUGAUUAUUUCAAAAGAACUGAAGGCCCAGCUUCCUACAUAGAUGCUGCCCCCAUGAAGGACCCAUGUAACUACCCCAAUUCAGGGUCUUCAGGCAAGCAGUUUUUCCUCUGCUUAGAACAAAACCCAUAAUCAAGUCCCAGGACAGGCAAGCAUGCGUGUUCACUGUGGCUUGGUCCCUGAAAGGCUCCUUCCUAUGAGAACAUGUGAACCAGGCUCCCUGUAGCUGAAAUGCUCUGUUUGGAACUUUGCUGCCCAGCAGUUUCUGUGGGAAGAUGGUGCUUGUGAUCCAUGUAUUUUGGCAUCGCAGCCCUCUCUGAGGAUUGAGUUCUGCACUAAUCCAGUGAAGGAGGCUGCAUUCAAAGAAGGGCUAGGAAGCCCUCUCCCAGAUGCUGUGAUUCCUAUCAGUAUAAAGUCUUCUAUUUACUGAAAAAGGAAGUUGUUUGAACUCCAGUUUGACGAACCUCCUCUAUUAUUAGAUUAUUUUGUUGUCUUCAAAUCUUUGUUUUCCUCCUUUCUCUGAGAGAUUUUGUGGGUUUUGUGCCUUAUAAAUGGAAAUGUAUGAACGCUUAAUAUAUGCCCAUGUGGAAGAUUCUGUUUUGGGUUAUUGGAAUAAGAAAAAGAAUUCAUUGCUUUUCAACCAGUGGAUGACAGAAACUUCAGAGAACUAGAAUUGCUUCUCAGUCAAAAGACUUUCAAUCUAUUUUGACUACACACAAAAAGAUAUUCAAUUGAAGCUUUCCUAUAAUUCUUAUAUCAAGAGAGGGUGUGUCUUGUCAGCUAUGUUGUUUUUCUAGAUGGAUUUCUCCGUUAAUCCUCAAAUAUCUGAACUUCUGUGCUACCCAAGUGUCUUACACAAGCUUUUGGUGUCUAGGCCAAAUUCAUGGCAAAUAAAGUUAACAAAGCUGAAAUGGGUUGGCCUGAACAAGGGGAUGAGGGGGCAUUGUGCAAAUACAUUGCAAGUAGAGCUUCAAUUUAAAAUAUAAAGUGUUUGAGAUGUUCAUUAUUAUGGAGUCAAAGACUAUAUUCUUUUAAAAGUUGAAGGGAGAAGUGAGGGAAAAGGGCAGAAGGGAGGAAGGUGUAGGUCAAGCUCCUGAUUAUAACUGGAUGUUUGUGGGUAGAGACCUGCAAGUCCAAUUCAGGUAUUUUUAAGAAGAGAGAACAGGAGGUAGAGCACACUGGUGACAUGAAGAGGACAGAAAGAGGCUCCGAACUUAGAUACUGACACACAGUAUUAAUUUAUACAAGUACUGGUCCCUCAAGUGAUUGGAAUUUUUUUUUAAGAAACAUUUAUUGGAGUCAGGGUCUCACUGUCACUCAUGCUGAAGUGCAGCGUCAUGAUCACAGCUCACCCCAGCCUUGACCUAGGCUGAGGCGAUCCUUCCACCUCAGCCUCCUGAGGAGCGAAGGCGACAGGCAUGCGUCACCCCACCCAAUUUUCAUUUUAAAAAAUUUGUUUUUUGUAGAGAUGAGGGUCUUGUUAUAUUGCCCAGGCUGUUCUUGAACUCCUGGGUUCCAGCAGUCCAUGCACCUUGGCCACCCAAGGUGUGAGCAGAAAAAAGAAGCAUUUUUAAAUAAGAGAUACAUGCAAGGCAUUGAGGUAAAGGACUGUGAUAUGCCUUCAAAAUACCAGUAUCUUGUUAGAAAUUUAUAAACACAAGAAAUGCAGAUGUUUUUAACUACUCAGACUUGAGGGUUUAAAGAUCUCUUUUAAAACAUUUUCACUAAAAUGAGUGUAGCAGUAAAUAACAGACCUUGCUUAUUUAAAAGGAAUAAUUAAGACUGUUAUAAACAAGAUGCCAUCUUGCUCCUCCAUAGCCUCUUUAACAGUUGACAUCCACUGAAAAUGCUGCUGGUUCUUUCUUUUUAAAUUAAAACUUUCAAUGUAUUCAAAUGUAAAUGUAUUACCUCUGAAAUACCUAAACAAUUAUUUACAUCUUGUGAGUGAAAAUUCUAAUAGAUUUGUCUGAGGCCUUACUCAGUGUAGGGAGGAAGAUAACAGGACACAGCAAACUGGAGACACAUUUGUCUUGUUUUUCUCUGGCCUGCUUCUUCCUGACCUGUAUUCACUGACAAGCUAGUGUUGAUACUCUUAAGAUGUGGCGGUUUCAUUUCCAAUAUAAGCUGAAAAUACUUCAUUCAAUAACAGUAUUCUCAAGAGUCUUCUAAUAGAAGCUUGAAAAGAAUGGUAGGAGUUUAAGAUAUAGAAUGAAGGUACAGCCAGGCUCGGUGGCUCAGCCUGUAAUCCUGCACUUUGGGAGGCUGAGAUGAGUGGAUUGCCUGAGCCCG